AUGCCUUUGGGUGGAGCUUCCUUGUCAAGUCUCAGUGCAUCAGAAAGACAGCAGGUCCUUGAUACAUUCAGAGACUCUGGAAACUCGACCACAGCUGCUGCAAUAGUAUGUUCGCUCCUUCUUCAGAAGAGAAAGCACACCGAAAUGGAGAACGACGACCUCAUCACUGGAGGUCCAACAAUCAACCCCGAAAUGGCUGCACCCAGCAGUCGUCUACGCAAGCGUGCUCGAGUCUCAUAUGUUGAGCCAGCCGAGUUCGAUAUUGAGAGCGACGCAGACUCCGGCUACAACUCAGACUCGUCGGUGGAGUGGGGUCCUCGCAGCAAUGCAAAGCAGACUAAGACCAAAUCUCAUCGCAAGGAGAAGCCGACAAAGCCUGUGAAGCCUUUCCCCUUUUUGUCUUUGCCCACUGAGUUGCGCAAUAAGAUUUACUUUCUAGCAUUGGAAGAUCCCAAUGGCAUGGUGCUGGGUGAAGGCUGGCGUGCGCACCGCCGUGUUCCCGUACGUACUCAGCACUUCGGCCAUGGAAACAAGGACCUGUAUGCUGGUCUUUCCAAUCUUACACCCUCCGAACCGUUGCCAGAUGGUACCUUACCGGACUCAAAGGAGAGUCAACGCACCCUGAUCCCCUCCAUACUGGCGGUGAACAAACAGAUAUAUGCCGAAGCCGCAGCCAUCCUCUACGCACAACCUCUACACUUCAUCAACACCGUCGCCCUGCACAGCUUCUUGGCACCUAUGAGUGACCAGACUGCAUCUCUUAUCCGCAACAUAACAGUGCAUACAUACGAGACCUGGGGUCGCGGAGUGCGAAAGGCAAUGAACGUAUCCGCGCUCACCCUCCUCCGCUCUUGCAAGAACAUUGAACAUCUACGUAUUGAAGCUUUCCACCACUACUAUUUUAGCUCAAGCAUGUCUCCCAGAGAGUCAGGCGCUUGGCACGGUGCUUUGAUGGCAAGACAGAUGUAUCGUGACGGAUCCUUCUUUUUCGAAAGGUUGGGUGCCGCCAAGGCCUUGAAGGUUCUAUACCUGCCAGAAAUGCACAAAGAGAUUUCUCGCCAGCACUCCUGGAGUACACAGGUUUAUGAUGAUGAAGUGGAGACAUGGAAAUGUGUCAACAUUGCUUUCGCAGAGGAAUUGACGUCUUUGAUCGAUGGAAGAGGCAAAGGGAUAAAAAGAGGCAAAAAGAGAUCAAGAGCUGCUGCUUUUAAUGUUCAAAACUUGGCAUCAGGAAGUGCGCCUCUGCUGUUUGCUCAGACGUGA